UAUAUUCAAACUUUAAAGAAAAAACUCCAAAAGAAUAAUUGAUAACAAAUUAGUUGCGCACUCGCAGAGUGCCAGUGUUUCUCAUUAAAUUCUUCUAUUCAACAUUGAUCAAUGUUUGAUAAAUAAAUUACUUACUUCGUGGCAAACAAUAUUAAAUAAUAAAAGUUCUUCAAUAUUUUGUUCUCUGUAAUGAUUUUGUAAUUUAUUUAUAAUAGUUUUAAUAGGAAAUAAAAUGAAACAGGGUUAAUCUGUUCUCUUCACGUUUUGAUAUCAUCUUAAGCACCACUUUCACAUCAAUGAUUCCUAAACGUUCUAAAUGUGACAGUUAGUGUUAACUCGUGCGCUCGUUCAGACGUAUGAGAGGUUAUUAUUUCAUGAGUUCAUUUAAAAGAGUUGAUUUCUAAAUUUUUGUGAUCUUUUUAUUACUUAAUUGAAUAGUUGAUAAUACUUGAUGCAGUUAAAUAACGACGAUAAAUUCUGUUUAAAUUCAGAAUAGUGCGUCAACGUAAAUAUCACCAUAAUGACAAUCAUAAACGAUAAAUUUGGCUUCGCAAUAGAUCGUGGUGGUACUUUUACGGAUAUUUAUGCUCAAUGUCCUGGUGGUAAAAUCCGAGUUAUGAAAUUGUUAUCUGUUGAUCCUGCGAAUUACGAUGAUGCUCCAAGAGAAGGAAUAAAAAGAAUUUUAGAGCAGGAAACAGGAUGUUCCAUGAAAGAUGAAGUAGAUACUUCAAAAAUUGCUUGGAUUCGAAUGGGAACGACAGUCGCAACAAAUGCAUUGCUUGAAAGAAAAGGUGCUAAAAUGGCUUUACUGAUCAACGAAGGAUUCAAAGAUUUACUUUACAUUGGAAAUCAAGCACGUCCAAAUAUUUUUGACUUGGAAGUUGUAACACCAUCUGUUCUUUAUUCCAAAGUAGUAGAAGUUAAGUGUCGAGUAAUACCAGCUUUAUCAGGAAAAUGUUCUCUUGGCAGUUCAAGGUGGAGAAAAGUAAAAGGUUUGACCGGAGAAGAUUUAUUCGUUACUCAAGAACUUGAUGAGGAAACUUUGAGAAACAACUUAAAGUUUCUACAGGAAAGUGGAAUCGAGAGUUUGGCUGUUGUUUUACUUCACAGCUAUACAUACACCGAACAUGAGCGCCGAGUAGGUGAAAUUGCUAAAGAGAUGGGAUUCUCUCAAGUUUCUCUAUCUCAUGAAGUGAUGCCAAUGACUAGAAUUGUUCCAAGAGGGUUCACAGUAGCAGCAGAUGCAUAUUUAACGCCUCAUAUUAAAACUUAUCUACAGAGCUUCUCCUCUGGGUUUAAAAAUAAUUUAGCUGGUGUGAAUGUACUUUUUAUGCAGAGCGAUGGCGGCCUUACACCAAUGAAUUCAUUCAAUGGUUCUCGAGCUAUAUUAUCAGGGCCAGCCGGUGGUGUUGUUGGUUAUGCAAUGACUACGUAUCAUAGAGAAACCACAUUGCCUAUUAUUGGCUUUGAUAUGGGUGGUACAUCUACUGAUGUUAGUCGCUAUGGUGGUACCUACGAACAUGUAUAUGAAAGCACUACAGCUGGUGUUACUAUUCAAGCACCUCAGCUGGAUAUAAAUACUGUAGCAGCAGGAGGAGGCUCAAUGUUAUUUUUCAGAUCUGGUCUAUUUGAAGUUGGACCAGAAAGUGCAGGAGCUCAUCCUGGUCCUGCUUGUUAUAAAAAAGGAGGUCCUUUAGCUGUGACUGAUGCUAAUCUUGUCCUUGGACGGUUGCUGCCUGAAUAUUUUCCUAAAAUAUUUGGACCAAAUGAAAAUGAACCAUUGGAUAAAUCAGUGACUUUAAAAGCUUUUAAAGAAUUAACAAAACAAGUGAAUGAUUAUUUAUCAACACUUGAAAAUGCAGCAAAAACAGAAAUGACGAUUGAAGAAGUUGCUAUGGGAUUGAUUAAAGUUGCAAAUGAAACAAUGUGUCGUCCUAUUCGAGCACUUACUCAGGCUAAAGGAUAUAACACUGCAAUGCACGUUUUGGCAUGUUUUGGUGGAGCAGGCGGACAGCAUGCUUGUGCAAUAGCUCGGUCUCUGGGUAUGAGUACAGUUUUCGUUCAUAAGUACGCUGGUAUUUUAUCGGCGUAUGGAAUGGCUCUUGCAGAUGUUGUUGAAGAAUCUCAAGAGCCUAGUGCUGAAUUUUAUGAAAAAGAUUCUUUUCAACAUCUUGGAGAGCGCUUUGAUUAUUUAAAGGAAAAUGUCAAAAAAAAACUAUACAAUCAAGGAUUCACUGACGAUCAAAUAAAAUUUGAAUAUUAUUUACAUUUACGUUAUGAAGGUACUGAUUGUGCAUUAAUGUGUACUCCUAAAAUAUUAAAUACAAGUGAACAUGAAAAAGAAUGCCCAAAGUAUGGAGAUUUCGAAUCAACUUUUUUGGAACGAUAUCAAACAGAGUUUGGAUUUACAAUGCCAAGUCGAAAGAUUGUUGUAAACGAUAUUCGAGUUCGUGGAAUCGGUAAAUCAAAAAUUCCUGAAGAAAAAGAAUUACCAUCAGUAACUGAACCUCCGAAAAUUGAAAAAGUUGCAAAAGUAUAUUUUGAAGGUGGAUAUCAAGAUACCAAUGUUUAUCUAAUGCAUACACUAAUGCAUGGCCAUAUGAUCAAUGGUCCGGCAAUUAUCAUGGACAGCUUAAGUACAAUUUUAAUUGAGCCCGAUUGCACUGGCUGUGUUACAUCCCGUGGAGAUAUACGGAUAACAAUUGGAAAGGGCAAACGAUCGCUCGUUACCACAGAAUUAGAUACGAUUCACUUAAGUAUUUUCUCGCAUAGAUUUAUGAGUAUUGCUGAACAAAUGGGCAGAAUUCUACAGAGAACUUCUAUUUCCACCAAUAUAAAAGAACGACUUGACUUUUCUUGUGCUGUAUUCGGACCAGAUGGUGGUCUUGUAUCGAAUGCUCCUCACAUUCCAGUUCAUUUAGGUGCAAUGCAAGAGACGGUGCAGUAUCAAAUGAGAGCAUUUGAAGGAGUAUUCAGUCGAGGUGACGUAAUCCUGGCUAAUCAUCCCUCAGCUGGUGGGUCACAUUUACCGGAUUUAACUGUAAUUACGCCAGUUUUCUAUAGUGACUUGCCACAGCCCGUAUUUUUCGUAGCUAGCAGAGGUCAUCAUGCAGACAUUGGUGGUAUUACCCCAGGGUCAAUGCCUCCCCAUUCAACAUCCUUAAAUCAAGAAGGAGCUACUUUUAAAAGCUUUUUAUUAGUUCACAAAGGAAUUUUUCGUGAGAAAGAGUUAACAGAAGCUUUGAUGGAACCAGGGAAAAUACCGGGGAGUUCUGGAACUCGAAACUUGGCAGAUAAUUUAAGUGAUCUCAAAGCACAAAUAGCUGCUAAUCAUAAGGGCACGCAGCUGGUAAACGAACUCAUUGACAUUUAUAGCUUGGAUGUUGUCCAAGCAUACAUGGCUCAUAUACAGCAAAAUGCGGAACUAGCUGUGCGCGAAAUGCUCACGUCUGUAGGGAGAAAGUUGCUUCAUAAAACGGCAAGUACCACUGUCAGGGCCGUGGAUUAUCUGGAUGAUGGGAGUGUAAUUCAACUACGGCUUGAGUUCGAUGUAGAAAAGGGUCAGGCCAUUUGCGACUUUACAGGUACCAGCUACGAAGUUUGGGGUAAUUGCAAUGCACCACGUGCGGUUACGUUAUCAGCAAUAAUUUAUUGCUUAAGGUGCAUCGUUGGUCGAGAUAUUCCGUUAAAUCAAGGUUGUUUGAAACCAGUGCAAAUAAUAAUUCCCAAAGGAUCCUUGCUAGAUCCGUCAGAAGAUGCUGCUGUAGUUGGUGGAAAUGUUUUGACUUCUCAGCGAGUUGUUGAUGUAGUCUUUACGGCUUUCGGUGCUUGUGCUGCUUCGCAAGGGUGUAUGAAUAAUAUUACUUUAGGUACAGAUACAUGGGGUUAUUAUGAAACUGUCGCAGGUGGAAGUGGAGCUGGUCCAACUUGGGAUGGCAGAGGAGGAAUUCAUACACAUAUGACUAACACACGAAUCACCGAUCCGGAAAUUCUUGAAUUACGAUAUCCUGUUAUACUUGAACAAUUUUCUUUACGUCCGGGAAGUGGGGGAAAUGGCGCUCAUCGUGGAGGUGAUGGAGUUAUCCGGAAAAUGAAGUUCCGAUCAUCCAUGACGUUAUCUGUUUUGACAGAGAGAAGAUCUCACAGUCCACCAGGUUUAGAGGGUGGUUUACCAGGAGCUCGAGGACGAAACACUCUGAUAAGAGCAGAUGGUAGGAAAAUUAAUCUUGGGCCAAAAACUGCAGUACCUGUACUUCCGGGGGAUACAUUCCUGUUGGAAACUCCAGGAGGUGGAGGAUAUGGAACUCCUGGAACGAAGUCAUUAGAGGCACAAAGUGUACCAAAGAAAUUCGUUGAACAUGGAAGUGUGUUUGAAUAUCGAAAAGCACAAGAAUCUGUAUAAUUCUCAUAAUAAUUGUUUUUAUUUAUCUAAAGAAAUUAUGAUUUGUAACAAAUAAAAUUGAAAUAAUAUAUUUUAUUACUAUCA